AUGACCUUCUCCGGCUUCUCAUUUACCUUCUGGCGGUUCAUGGAAAUCAUAACCCUGAUUCCGGCCCUGGGCAUGCUUGCAUACUUUGUCCAUGCCUACACGGCGCUCAAUUCUCUAACGCCAAACUCGAUUCUCGUCCUUUUCAUCGUGUCUGUCCUUGGAGCGGCAUGGGCGGUCGGCACGCUGUUUCUAUAUUCUCGUGCAAAGCACUCUGCCGGCUUCGUCGCAUUCGUGGACCUGCUCUUCGUCGGUGCCUUCAUUGGCGGUGUCUAUGAGCUGCGCGGCAUUUCAAACGCGGAUUGCACCCACUUCACGCGCGACAGCUACUUUUUCAAUCUUGGGGUCCUGGCGAUAACGGGCAACAUCUACUCGCCCCAUGUGGAGAAGAACUGCGCUAUGCUAAAGGCUAGCUUUGCGUUUGGUAUCAUGAACUGCAUCUUUUUCUUCCUGACAUUCCUGCUGGCUCUCCUCGUCCACCGACACUACGGCGACCGCGACCGCGUUGUCGUCAAGCGCGAGACAACCCACGUUUCUCGUCAUGGGCACCGCAGCCACCGCUCGCGUAGCCCGCGACACUCGCAUCACAGCAGCCGACGAGAUCACUACGUGGUCUAG